AUGUACUUUACCUUUACUUUUCUGUUCUCUCUUUUCUUCUUCUCCCUCCUUCGCUGCAAUCCGAAUCAGCCCAAAGUUCUCAACAUGGUGCGCACGUUUGAUUUCGACAAGAUUGUCUCCGGAUUCUCCGGUCGUAUUCAGGACCCAGAAUCGCAGCGUCGUAUGGUCCUCUGCGUGGUGUGCGUGGCGCUACUGCUUGACAAUAUGCUGUACAUGGUCAUUGUUCCAAUAAUACCGGACUAUUUGCAAACCAUGUCUGGUCUGGGACAUGAGGAAGUUCUGUGGAUCAACGCAACCCACAGCAAACGAAUUUCAAUGCUAAGUGAUAAUUUCACCGCUACAAGUGGACAGUAUCAACUAAGGUGGUUAGUACACGAGUCGGAUACAAAAAUCGGUACCUUGUUCGCAUUCAAAGCGAUUGUACAACUUCUGUUCAAUCCUAUCUCGGGAACCAUUAUUGAUCGAAUAGGUUACGACCUACCCAUGAUGUUUGGUCUCUGUGUGAUUUUUGUGUCUACGUCAAUGUUUGCAUUUGGUUCGUCGUUCGGCGUUUUGUUUCUUGCGCGUGGACUUCAAGGAGUCGGAUCUGCGUUUGCUGAUACUUCUGGUUUGGCCAUGAUUGCUGAUCGAUACACUAUUGAGGCAGAACGCACAAAAGCACUAGGCAUAGCGCUUGCGUUUAUUUCGUUCGGCUCACUUGUUGCGCCUCCAUUUGGUGGAAUCUUGUAUCAGUUUUUUGGGAAAGAGCUCCCUUUCAUCAGCCUGGCAUUUGUUGCACUAUUUGAUGGAUUUCUUUUAAUGAUCAUAAUGCAACCAGUCCGAAUUGAAAGGACUGUUUUGAAAGCGGAGGGAAAUCUACCUAAAGGAACUCCAAUUCAUCGUCUUCUUCUGGACCCCUAUGUAGCCAUUUGUGCUGGAUGUCUAACCAUUGCAAAUGUAUCUUUAGCCUUCUUGGAGCCAACCAUAUCCAACUGGAUGUCUGAAACCAUGCACGCCACUAAUGCACAAGAAGGCCUCGUUUGGCUACCAGCAUUUCUACCGCAUUUGGCUGGUGUUAUCACAACCGUAAAGUUGGCUGCCAAAUACCCUAAAUAUCAGUGGUUGAUGGCUGCAGCUGGUCUGGCAAUAGAGGGUAUGAGUUGUUUUCUAAUACCAUUCUGCACGAACUUUCUAGCUCUGAUGAUACCAAUCAGCAUUCUCUGCUACGGUAUUGCCCUGGUAGAUACAGCAAUUCUACCUACAAUGGGUUUUCUGGUUGACACGCGCCACGUAUCUGUGUACGGAUCAGUCUAUGCAAUUGCCGACCUCUCCUACAGCGUUGCUUAUGCACUUGGUCCGAUUGUGGCAGGAGAACUAGUUCAAGCAAUCAAGUUCUUAGGUUUAAAUAUCGUGAUGACAUUGGUCACGCUAAUUUACGUCCCAGUCCUAUAUCUGCUACGAGGCUGUUACCUGGAGAACGAAAUCACUGCAGCGAGUCGAGAUCUCCGAAGACGGAGUACUUUUUCGGCUGAUGCUAAGCGAUAUUCUAUGUCUGCAACAACGGAUGCACUGGGGAUUACGGAGGGGACAGGUCAGCCAACCUAUCCUGGUUAUGAACAGCAAGAAUUCGAAGAUAGGACUACCAAACACAUCCAUCCUCAGAAAACCGUUACAUUCGGAAGGUCCGCGCACGGUUCCUAUGAAGGAUACAAUGAAAUGCCCGACGAAUUCAAUGCGAAACACGAUGGCUAUGGUUACGGAUAG